AUGGCUAAUCUUCCUCCCAGUGACACUAAACCUAUCCAACUCGACGGCGAAAACAGCCAAUCAAGCACUCAAUCCAUAAAACAGAAGUGGAAUGGCCUCUCCCAGCAGACCAAGUACAUCAUCAUUGGCGUUGUCUGCGGCGUCGUCAUCCUCUGCAUCCUUAUCUUUGCAUUCUGCUGCAUCCGCCAGCGCCGUGCGGGUAAGCACGAGAAACUGGUCGAGGACGCCAAAUACGAAAAGAUCACCUCUGAGGUCAUGGCGUACCGGGCAGACAUGUCGAGGAUGCGAGCCGAGCAAAAGAUGAUGGGCACCAGUGUUCACGUCAGCCCCGUGACUCCCAUGAUGGGCAAUGCAGGAGUUUCUGUGCAGAAUUUCGGCAGUGCGUCGCCCAUGGUGGGUGGCGGGCGAAGCCCGAACCCGGGUUACGGAUACGCAAGCAGCGGAUAUGCUAGGGGCUAUCAGAAAUAUUGA